AUGGUCGCCAUCUUCCGCGCCAUCUUCGCGUUAGCGACUCUGGUCGCCGCAACCGCCGCCGCAACAGUAGCACCGCGCAGUUCCAAGAUCACCUUCACCGUGACCAACAAGUGCAAGCACACUUUUGCACCCAUCUUCUUGCCGCCGCUGCCAGGCAAGACACAAUGGUCUCAACUCAAAUCGGGCAAGUCCGAGUCCUACUCGUUCUACUCGGACACAUACCGCGGCAAGGUCUUCUCGCCUCUUCGUCAAGCCAACGUCACCACCGGAAAGGGCGCCACACAGGGCGAAUUUGACUUGUACAGCGGACAGUACGACAUCUCGGUUGCCAACGGCUUCAACGUCGGCAUGUAUCUACAGCUGCUUGGCAGGCAAAGCCAGGGCUACUGUCAGGCAGCCAUCUGCAGCAGCAAAAAUUGCAAGGAUGCCUACAAGGUCGAGAGCGGCCUCAUGACAGCAAGCAGAGCAGGCGACCAGACCGUCAAGCCUAACCACAGCUGCCCUCCAACAUUCACCACCUGGAACGUCCAGUUCUGCUAA